GUGACAAUGACACUCUGCUAACCCAGCAAAACAUCAGCAGCAACAGUAUCAGCGGAAGCAGUAUGGAGGUGGAGUGGCUGUCACCCGCACCCCCUCGUCCCACCUACUUCUUCCUGCCCCCGCGACCACCCCACCAUCACCAGGGCUCGCGGUGGGGGCCGUUCUUCGAGGAGGGUCCCGGGCCGCACAACAUCACUGCCAGGGUCGGAGAGACUGUCCAACUCGACUGCAAGAUUGGCCUACUGCAUGAUAAAACGGUAACGUGGCUACACAGAAAGGCAGACUCGAUUCACUUGUUAACAGUCGGUCGGCAUGCCUACAGCACUGAUCAAAGGGUGACCCUCAGCUUCCGGUAUCCCAACAACUGGCGACUGGAGAUCGUCUUCGUCACACGGAGAGACGAGGGACUUUACGAGUGUCAGGUGGCAACACAUCCACCCAGAAUAAAGCAGGUCUAUCUAAGGGUUACAGCCCCUGAGGUGCGGAUCAUGGAUGAGAAAAAGCAUAUAGUUACAGAAAAAUACUAUAAAUCGGGGAGUGCUGUAGAACUGACUUGCCUUGCAGCACAAAUCGAAUCCCCUGCUGACAAAAUCACAUGGUUAAAAGGAGACCAGCCUUUCGAAGAAGGCAUUACAUAUAAUACCAGCCUCGGUGACGGCCAGGUAUCUUCAACGUUACUUUUGGAGCAUGCGCAGAAGCCGAAUUCUGGCAACUAUACUUGCUCAGUGGGUCGCAUCGCGGCAGCUUCCGUGUCUGUUCACAUCCUCAAUGCCGGUGAACUUCCAGCAGCAGUACAAGAUGGAAGUUCAGGGACGAUCAUAGCGCCUUGCAUCGUGGCUUUCUGGCUUAUCGUUAUUUCUUGCUUCUUUGCAGUGUUCCGGUGACACAUCUAGUCAUCCUCUCAACCCAACAGAUGCCGGAUCGUCGCAUCUGGAUCAAACUACAGAGAUACUUCACUCCAGCUGCCUGAUCGAAAUAUAGCAAACGAUACUAGCGAAGUGAACAUUAUCGUUGACGUAUGAGUUAUAAAUAUAUAGUGGAAAUGGAUCAAUUUAUUCUAGAAAGUUGACACUUCUAUCAGAAAGUGACAUGUGAUAUAAGAAACAUUUCAAACGCCAUGUAGACGAUUAUAUUGUUACCGAGAAAUCUGCGACGUAAUUUAGUGUUGACAUGCGAUGUUUUUAAUAAUUAUUAUUGUAAUUUAUGUUCCUAUAAAAUGCAAUUCAAAUUUAUUCCACAUGGAUGUUGAAAUUUCUUCUGACACAGAAAAAUGUUAUCCAUCUCACUCCCAUCAGUAUAAUUGACUUGUAGACAUUCCUCUAAGUGUAAUUUAAUUCCUCUAUUGCUGUGUAUUUCUGAGAAUGUUACUAUAACUCAGGAAUGUAUUUGGUCACAAAAUAUGUAGCAUGGCACGUCUCUUACGGUGGCAUUUCCUACGAACUAUAAUCAUGGUUAUAUAGUUACUGUACUAUGAACCAAUUAUAAGAGAUUUUUAUCCUAUUAUAUUAAGCGA